AAUUCCAAUACGGCGCCGUAAAAUCUGUCAGUUGCGUUUUCUUGAACUCAUCAAACUGUUUUGCCGGUGGACCACUUAGCCAGCAAUCUACAGGGAGGCAGGUCCUCCAAGACCUUAGCUACACCUGAGUAUAGAAGUGCCAUCAAAAUGGCAAGUGAAGAUUCUUCCAGUGAAGGGAAUGUGCAGGAGGCACAUGAAUCUGUCCUUAAAUAGUAUCUGAGAGGCCAAUAAAUCUCACACCUAAGCACAAGUAAUGCUAGAGAAAUUCAAAGCCAGUACAGAAGAACAACCAGGAAAGCCAAACCUCUCAUUAGAUUGAUUCAGCAUCAAACAGCACAGGCCUGACAUACAUGCCCACUCUGAGUCCUAAAUACUGUUUUUACCUCUACCAUUUUAUAGACAAAUCAGGCUUAUAACCCAGACUGAGACACAAGAAAGAACAAGGAGACAGCCUUGCUGCCAAGGAACAAGAUACUCAAUAGGUGCAGAACCAGACAUGGCUCAGAUGUUGUUAAAACUAUCAGAUGGGAGGUUUAAAACAAGCAUGGUUAACACGUUCAACAUGCCAGUGGAAAAGACACAUAACAUGCAUACACAGAUGGGGAUUUCAGCAGAGGAGGAGAAAAAGAACAGUAGACAGGAAGAGAGGAAGAAUAACUUAAGGGGCCUAUCAGUUAUGUGAAUAAAGCCAGUGAACUUGAAGGAAGUCUAUAGAAAUUAUCCAAAUAGGGGCUGGUGAGAUGGCUCGGCAGAUAAAGGUGCCUUGCUUCCAAGCCUGACCUGAAACUGAUCUCCAGAUCCCACUUGGUGAAAGAAGAUGGCAUCUGAGGCAGAACCCCGCCCCCUGGGCAUGUUUGAGUGCCAGCUCUGUGCCUUGACAGCUCCUUACAGCUACGUGGGGCAGAAGCCCCCAGACACCCAGGCUGUUGUCCUCCUGGAGGAGAGCUACAUCAUGAAGGAUCCCUUCUCCUCAGACAAGGCAAGGUUUCUGGUCCUCGGCUCGCGGUGCAGUGUGUGCGGCAGGCUGGUGUGUGUGGGCCCGGAUUGCAGCCUGUUCUACUCCAAGAGGGUCUGCCUCCCCUGCGUUCAGGAGAAUAUCAGUGCCUUCCCUCAGGAAAUCCGGCAGGAUGUGGAGAAGAGAAAAGGUGCCUCCAAGAGGCCUUCCAGCCAUCCCUGACCACCAUGUGCAUGGCCUCCUCCAGUGCAGCACCGGGCUGGUUUGGCCAGGGUUCCGACUGGGAGCUGUGUAUCUGGCCUUCUCUGAACUGUGGAGUACCUGGAGCCAUGGGAACCCAGGAGGUUGCCAAGACUGAGGCCAGACAGCUGGAGUGGAUCCAGCUGCAGCUCCAGGACUGGCCUCUAGUGGAGGCCAAGAGUGAGGGAAAGGGAGCCUCCUUCAGUGGACAGUUGGUAGACACUCCCGGUAGAUGUACCUGUGGGAGACACCCGGCUUCUCUUAGGACUUCCAAGUAGCAUGAUGUCAUAUCUGUAGGGAAAUCAGCCUCCAAGGGUAUUCAAGGGUUACGUCACAUUCUGUGUCACAUGUCUGGGAAAUGAUUUAAACCUUGACCCUGUACCAUGUUUAUAAUUAAAGACCUGAAGACUAAGCUAAUGGUUUAAGUAACCUUUUCACUGACCUACUUGGACACUCAGUACAUCCUAUCGGGGUCAGUCUGUGGGGCUCGGUCUGUGCAAACCAGCCAUGUCCCAGCAGCAUUCAAAACGAACCAACUAAGUUUUAAAAAUAGUUUAUUUUUUUUAAAACCAUUAAGGCAAAACUGUACCCUGAAAUUAACUCUUUACAUUCAUCAGUCUUACAGUAGGACUUUCCAAACAUACAGGUUCCCAUAAAUUCAGGAUAUAAAUCAAUGCAUACAGUCAGUUCAAUCUCCUAUGGAGAAAACGAAGAAGACUCAAUAUUUUUUUUUUAAUUAAGGUUAAGUUACAGCCAUUUUCUAAUUGCCUGGAACCAGUCAGUUCAUGUGACUAGUAAAUUCUAUUUGUGCUUCUGUGUUCACCCUGGAUUCCUGAUGUCCUGGGUAGCCCUGUAUCCACGAAGAGCUGGGAAGUGGGAGAGGAUGCCGGCACUGGCUCAACAAUCCCUGUUCAGGACCGUUCUUACCACAGAAGUGAAGAAGGGCUGCAGGCCCCCAGCUCUGAGAGAAUGGCACAUGGACAGUAGUGAGCAGGUGGCAGAAAGCUGGCUCAGACCUUGCUUUGGAAAUGAGCAUGUCCUUGUGUGUGUCUGUCAGACCCCUCCCCUUGGGCUCUAGUGGGAUGGCACUGUGGGUCUUGGAGGGUGUUACAAAGACACACCAAGGAGCAAUGUGGCCAGGAGACCGGAAAUGACAUGGAGACACAGUGGGACAACUCAGACCACCACAGUUCUUUGGUAAUUUACAGGUAACAAUUCCCUGAAUAGCGGGCAGCUGUUAACCCUAUAAGCCUACUCAGUAGUAGCCUUGAUAGCAACGCCAGUGUAAGGUUAGUGACUUCCAGUCAGGGUUCAGGAAGGCCUGGCUGGCAGAGAUGGAUACAAACAGAUUGGCUUGCACUUGUUGCGAGGGGGAAGAAAAAGGAAAAGAAAAAAAAAACCGAUGACUAAAGGAGCAGAUGCCCACACUGGAAAGAGAGAGUGCACAGCUCGGGUGUGGGGCAUGUGCUAACAGGCAGUGGUGCUGUUGUGUAUUUGGGCUUCCUGGGUCGAGCAGGCUCAAGGGCCAGGCUUUGAACAUACACCGCAUUGAACCCCGACUUAGAAGAUUCCAGGUGUUGGCAAUCAGACACACAAUCACAAGCUAGUCAACUGCUUGUAUCAGAGCAUUUAAAAAACAAAAAACAGAAAUCACAGUAUUUAAGAUAUAGCUAUAAAGAUAAUUUCUUUUUCAUUCAGUGCAGAAAACAUAGUGACACUUGACAUGAUAAUACUGACAUCUUCCUAGAAAAGUGCCAAGUGGCAGUCAUCUGUUGUGAGGUACACUUGGUUUCAGGCCUGACAAAAGAGCUUUUUUUUAAGAAGUGAAAUGUCUCCCAGUGACAACUUUACCAGGAAAGGGUCAGCCACUUGCUGGUCUUCAGGGCCUGAAUCCAGACUCUACAUGACCUGAUACACACUGAGACCCAGGGGUCUGGGAAAGAUGCCCAAGUGCCCCCUGCAGGCCAGGGAGCCCAGAUACCCAUCUGUCUCUGCUCUGGCCUCACCACUGUAGGGGUGACCUGUGCCCAGUGGUGAAGCAUGUUUCACUGAACAAAUGAAUUUGAAGCUGGACAAGGGGGAAAGAGAUGUGAAAAGGAGACCAUUAUCUCCUCUCUUCACAGAUCAUUCCAGAGUUUCUCUAUUUGACCUCAACUGGGAAACUUUUAAAUAAAAAGAAAAUGAAACUGAGCCUGGUCGCUGUCUAUGAUGUAAAACUUGAUGUUUCUCAUUUUCUUUUGCCAACAACGGCACCUGGCAGCCACGUGGUCAAGACAUGACACUGACCAUGGAAGCAGUUUGGUCAGUUCCCGUUGGCACAGGACUUCCCAAAAGGUGAACCUCACUAUGCAACCACUCUCCCUGACAAAAGGAGUUCUCUUGGGGGAGCAAAGCAACACACUCUUUUUCUCAUGUCUCUGAGAUUCUGAGACAUGGAUGCGACAGCUGUUGGCUGGGGUCUGAUGAGCUUGAAGCCCACUCCACUGAGGAAAAACCAGAGAUGCCAAUACAUUCCUCAGAGGAGGCUAGUGAGGAACAUGAUCUACUCAUUUAAACCCAAACCUGUCUUGAUGCAGCUCUUAGUAUGUGCUGUGUUUUCAGAGAAAGACAACAGCCAUCUCUGUUCUGAGUCAGGCUGUUUUUCUGAUAUUACCCGAUUCUGUUCAUGGGUGUCAGCCAUACAAAUGGGACUGGGGACAGAGUGGUGCCUGGUGGGCCACCGGGAAACCAGGCUGGCCCUCUAACCAUCAGGUUGGUGGUAUCUACUUGAAGAUCAGUUUAGGCUCCUGUUCUCACCCCUUCAGAGGCUGUGACCUACUCGGCAUGCUGGGUGAGCAGCUGGAGGCAGGCGCUGCAUUUUUCCAGUGGGAUCUUCAUCUCGAAUGGCCACAAAGGUUAAAGAGAGAUUCUGCGAAGUUGGUGGGCUUUCUGGCUCUAGGAGGCCCUGGGCCAAAGGCUAGUCAAUCUUAUGGGACACCAGAAAACCUUUAAGCUGAACUUCAGCAAGAAAUUUUCAAAAUGCAUGGCCAAGGACACAGGGCAAACAUCGCUUUCCACCAUGUGUCAGGCUGCUGAGUGUCCAGCAUACCCAUGUCAUGGUGUGUUGAUAAAGGCUCAAGGUGAGAUAUGUUUGGAAUCAGACAGAUACAAGCUGAGUGUAGAGCAGCCCAGGGGCCAUGCUUGCUGAAGGUCUGCUUCAAGAAUCUCUCCUGGGGAAGGGCCUGUAAGACAAUUGGAAAGAGGUGGUGUGGAGGGAGGGGCUAGCGGAGUGGAGCAGACAGAGUGCCAGAGGAAGUUAGGUAGACCUCAGUUCAGUAGAUAACAGCCAUUUUUGCACAAAUGCAUCCUUAAAGCUCCCUUUAACAGCAAAUGUUCCUUCACAGAGACACAUACAUCUCCUGGACACAGGAGUUGAGGAGGAGGGACUUGAUCUCUACUGGUCUCCAAGGAGUCUGGCACCAGGAGAAUUUUGCCUUCAGUGCUGAGAAGUGGCUCCACACCCUUGCUCUAGAGCUCCAGGAACCAAGGUGGCAUUUCUUACUGGGCUAUUGGUUGAUGCCACUGACACCUUGCAGACCAUAGCUAUCCACUUUAUCGUUCCUACAUGUGCCACAGUAUUUGACCUGGCAAGGCUUGGGUGACUGUCACCUUGCUAAAUCUGACUAGGGGACCUGAAAGAUCCUAUUACUAUGUGGCCACAUCGUGAAUAUCCUUCCUAUUAAUGGAAGUGCACAAAGUCAGUGACUUCCAAGCCAAGGCCACUGUGGUCCCUCCUGGUUUCACUGGGGAUAACUCACUGGCAGUCACACGAGGCUCUGAGAACACCACAUUUCAUGAACACCACUGAGCAUCAGCUCUGACGCAAGCCGACACAGAGCUGUCAGUCAGCUGUGUGGUCCAUGCUGAAAGCAUACGGCAAGGGGCUACUUUUAUAGGUUUUAUGGAAGUUCAAACAGAGUGCAUGGCUACUCCAAAAACCUAUGACUCAAAACUCUCAUUCCAAGGUCACCUAUCCCAGAGUGGCAUUUGUCUAAGGCCCAUCAGAACAGGAGUCUACCCUGGUUGGGGACAGAUGCACUGAAGAGACUUGGAACUGGAAUCCAACCUUUGACCCUUUAAACCUAGGACCAGCUCUAGCCUGUAGGAAGGACCAAAGACUGGGUAUGCCAUGUGCCACAGAGGCGGGCUCCUUCCCGAAAGAGCUCAAUCCUCACUGGGAUCAUUUAUGGAACUGUUUGCUCUGCCACUGAUUCCUGAGAGCCUGGGCAGACUGCCUGCAGCGACUGCUACCCAGCAGAGCCUUUGUCUGGCAGGAAGGGAAGAGGGAAAAGCGGGAAAGUGAGGAAGAACGGGAGAGAGGAAAGAAGACAU